CGUAGUAUUUCCUUUUAUUUAGGUGAGCUGCUGAUCAGUCAAAUCGCAUAGUGGCUUGAAAACAUUGGCAAAGUUUCUAUUUCUUUUGUUGACGUUAUUAUUAUAAUUAUCAGAUGGUGUGAUUGCACGACAUGGCUUCUUUAAGAGACCGAGCAUUUUGACAUUUAAGAAGGAAAAAGUCCGAUGUAGCUCUCCGCCGUGUUUCAAGCUGCUGCCUGUCAACUUGCGCUCGAGCUGCAACAGCUUUGACCGAAUCGCUCUCUUUAUUAGGACUGGGGAAAUAACUUUUACGGGACAAGUGAAGAAAAACAUAGCCGCGUGUGGGCGUUUGCUCUUUUGAACCAUGUCCACCGAGGUUGCGAGCGAGUUGGACGUGACAUUCAGUAGUUUGGACGAAGGGAACCAAAACAAGUCAGACGCAGACGGACCCAAGAAACCCGAUCGAGCGAGCCACGAGGAGGGGCAGCAGGAUCCUCCUCAAGUCGACUCGAAACAUCAAAAACACGGGGUCAUGGACGGCAAAGUUGAUGGCCUGAACACGGACAGCACGAAUGACAAGGAGAACGAGCAGAAUGCAUCAAGCCACAAAGCCACAGACACUGCCAAGAAAGUGAUGGAGGCUCCUCCACCGAAAGUGAACCCGUGGACGAAGAAAACCUGCCCUCCCAAUAAUGCCACCAACAGCUCCAUACAAACAGAUCCCCAGAGUCCUGCCAAAGUUGUCCGUGCCAGCAAACCCAGGUCCAGAAAGACCAGCAAGUCUGGUGACUUCAGUGACAUCACAAACUGGCCCACCCCAGGAGAACUCGCCAAUAAAGAGCAGCAUCAGAAUGUGAUAAACGCACAGGGGAGGAAGGGUACGUUUGGAUGGAGGGAAAGAAAGAAGGAUCACGGAGGAGAGAAGAGAGAGAAGGAGAGCGGAAGUGAUGGGAGUGACAGUAAGGAGAACAAGGAGGCGAAUUCAUAUCCAAUCACAGGACUUUCAAACAAGCAGGAAGCAGAAGAUGGAGAGGAGAUGCAAAGAGGUGUCCCCCGCAGGAGAGGAGGCUGGCGACGGGAGAGAGAGUUCUUUGAUGACACAGCAAGUAUUCGCAGCGAGGGCAGCAAUGUCCGUGGAGGCCCAAGGGGCAGGGGGAAAGGUCGCGGCCGGGGCAGAGGUCGUGGGCGAGGUCGCUAUGACUACUCCCACAGUUACCGGGACUCUUUCCAGGAUGGGGCCACGGUUCCAGCCGAAUUCGGCAGUAACAUGGUCUAUUACUAUGAUGACGGUAAUCGCGUGCAGAUGUAUACUAUCGAGGAGAAGUUGCUUAAAGAAUACAUCAAACGGCAAAUUGAAUACUACUUCAGUCUCCCAAACCUGGAGCGAGACUUCUUUCUGCGGAGGAAAAUGGAUUCCAAAGGCUUCCUGCCCAUCUCUCUCAUCGCCAGUUUCCACAGAGUUCAGGCCCUCACCACUGAUAUCAGCCUCAUUAAGGAGGCAGUGAAGAACAGUGAAGUUGUGGAGCUGGUUGAUGAUCAGAUUCGUAGGAAAGUGGAGCCGGAGCAUUGGCCCAUUCCGGGCCCCCCUCUGGACUCCCUGCGCACAGAUUUUUCCCAACUCAUUAACUGCCCAGAGUUUGUCCCAGGACAGAUGUUUACCUCUCUCAGCACAGUGUCAUCCUCCCCAGUCAGUCAGCACAUGGAUGAACCCACUGUUGUGAACGGCCAAUUAAGCGAUGCCACUGACAUUGACACAGCCAAACCUCAGUCCAAAGAAUCCUCUCCCUCAGAGUCAAACAGUAACUCUAGCAAUGAUGUGUAUUCCCCAAAAGAGCGCUCCAGCAGUCUGUCUGAUCCAGACGGCCAGCCGUGGAUACAGGUGGAGAAACGACACAGAAACUCUUCUGGAAAAAUCAAGGAGCGCUCCGAAUUGGUUCAGUCCAGCCCAAAGCAGCAGCCUGAGGCAAACCAGGAGGAACUGGAUUUCCUGUUCGACGAGGAAAUGGAACGCCUCACAGCACCUCGCAAGAACACAUUCACCGAUUGGUCAGAUGACGAUUCUGAUGAUGAACUUGACGACCGAGACGUAAACAAGAUCCUUAUCGUAACUCAGACCCCCCCUCACCUGCGGAAACACCCUGGAGGUGAUAGGACAGGGAAUCACGUGUCUCGUGCCAAAAUUACAGCUGACCUUGCCAAAGCUAUUAACGACGGAUUGUUCUACUAUGAACAGGAUCUUUGGACAGAGGAAGAAGGACAGCAAGAUUGUACCAAUGCCAAGGAAGUGGAGAACUUUAAAAAAAUCAACGUGAUCAGCCAAGACGAGUUCGAAACUCUGACGCCAAAACUGCCCAUUGACCACAACCAAGAAGUCCCACCCCCUCCACCAUGCCAGUCAGAUGAGUCUAGCAUGGCUCAUUCUCUACCUACGGACGUCCCAGAAUCUUCCAGCGUGCCCCGUACCCCUCGUACCCCACGCACCCCUGGCAGACAGGACCCCACCAAAACCCCACGUUUCUACCCUGUUAUAAAAGACAGCGGCAACCUUGAUGGAAAAACCCCCAGAAAGAGGAAAACUCGUCACAGUUCGAAUCCUCCGCUAGAGUGCCAUGUAGGUUGGGUGAUGGACUCACGGGAGCACAGACCUCGCACUUCCUCCAUCAGUAGCUCUAAUGCGUCGCCAUCAGAAGGAGCCCCGGUAUUGUCGGGCAGUUACGGCUGUACCCCUCAGUCGCUGCCCAAGUUCUGGCACCCAUCCCAUGAGCUUUUAAAAGAAAAUGGCUUCACUCAGCAAGUUUACCACAAAUACCGCCGUCGCUGCCUCAAUGAGAGGAAGCGAUUAGGUGUCGGUCAGUCUCAGGAGAUGAACACCCUCUUCAGAUUCUGGUCCUUCUUCCUUAGAGACAACUUCAACAGGAAAAUGUACGAGGAGUUCAAGCAGUUUGCCUUGGAUGAUGCCAAGGAGAACUACAGGUAUGGACUGGAGUGUCUGUUCCGGUACUACAGCUAUGGACUGGAACGGAGGUUCAGACCCGACAUCUUUAAAGACUUCCAGGAGGAGACUAUACUUGACUAUGAGAAAGGUCAGCUAUAUGGACUGGAGAAAUUCUGGGCUUUCUUGAAAUACUCUCAGAUGAAGAAUCAGCCUAUUGACCCCAAACUUCAAGAUUACCUCAACAAAUUCAAGAGUGUUGAUGAUUUCAGAGUAGAUCCACCGAUGGGAGAGGAAGGAGUGAGAAGGAAAGCACACUCGUCUUCCGCAGGAGACGAGCCAAAACGUAGACGACACAACUCUUCCUCCUCAUCAUCAUCAAAGCAGACCCCAGUUACCAAGACAUCCUCAGACAAUCAACCUGCUGCUGGAGGGGUGGCAAAAACAACCUCAAGUGAUCAUACCGCUGCCUUAACCACAACGAAAACCAGCACAGCCAAUCAAACGUCAACUGCUGGGCCAGCCAAGGCAGCCUCAGCCAAUCAGAAGGCAACCUCUUCGACCACCAAGAGCAGCACAGCUAAUGAUACUACAAAAGCUGCACCGAAAGAGAAUGUGAAAAAGAAUACCUCAUCAGAUGUUCGCAAAAGAGAGGCUGCAACUAGUAAAAACAAAGAUAGCCAACGGCCAAAAAAAUGAAGCCCUUAACUACACUAUACAGUAUUUGAGUGAUUGUAACUAGAGCUGUGAAAGGAUUUUCAGUGCUGGAUCAGUCUUACUUUUUACACCGUAACCUUGGAAUUGAGCCAGUCAAACCGUUAGAGCAAAGAGCAACUGUCAGACCGUUGUAUUCACAAACUGAAGAGUACACCAGAAUCUGUUUUGGUGUUGUACAAGACUCUUCUGGAUAGGUUAACUUCUAUAAUAUCUUUCAUUUUAGUUUUUUGUUCUUUCGUUUGUUUUUACCCGCAGUUCGUAGUUUCAUCAGUGCGCAUGGUGAACAUGUUCAGUUUACAGAAGAUGCAUUCCUACAUCGAAUGCAGUUUUUAUCUCUUUUUAAAAUUAGUUUUACCUUUUCGAAUGCCUUACAUUUAAAAAGCAACCAAACAUAUGUAUAUUUUACAACGCUGUCAACAUUCAUAAUUAUUAGUCUUUUGGUUUUUAUCUCUAUUGUGUAAGUAUUUUUAAUUUGCGCAUGUACCUGUCCUGGGCAGCACAUCUGACAACAGCACGUAUAAUUUGACUUCAUCAAACAGACAAACCAAAACUCUAACUUGAAUUGAGGUUGACACAAUAUAACACACUAUAUAGACUAUUGCAUUUUUGCUCUUUUAGCUUGUGUAGAAAAAAUGACAGUGAUGGAAUACUAAGUUCUUUAUGCUUUUAUGAUUAGCUGAGUGUUUGAGCUGAAGAUCGGAGGAGUACGUAGAUAUCGAGCCAAAGUGGUGAGGGAUUGUAGCAGAAAAUUGUUAACAUCAUCAGGAGCUUCAAGAUGUUCCUACUUUUAAACAAACAUUGUGCCGUUCACUUCACAGAGGCGGUGAUCUCAAAGACACCAUGUCUGCUGAUUAGGUGCAGAGAAAACGUCAUCUUGACUUAAAUUGGAAUAUGUCGGUGUACUUGAAAUGUUAUCUCUUUGAAAGGAAUUUCUUUUAAAAAAAUUUAAUUCUAUUGGAGUUUAAUUUAUUGUUUCCUCUCUUUUGAAAGCUUAAUUGAUUAUAAUUUUUUUUAUUGAUAUUACUGAGAGUGUAGAUGACUGCAAAUGUGGUGGCUUGGAGAAUAAGUUUAUUUACAUUCUAUCUUUAUUUCCAAGUUGGAUUUUGGCUGAUAACAUUAAAUCAGUGUUCUUUUUAUCACUUACAAUCAUUAAUCAGACACUGAAUUGAUGUCUUGAUUGUAUCAUAUUUGCUUAAGAAAACUGUACAUAAAAAAAAAAAUUGUCUUAUUUCAAUCAAUCCAUUUUUAUUGAUUCAUUUUAUUGUGAUAUUCUUGUUUGUGUGCUCUUGUGUGUUGGUAUGCAUGUCGGUUUAAAAAAUAUUUCUUUCCCCAUAAAAUGUAAAAAAAAUAUAAAAUAUAUUAAAAUCGCUUUAUAAAACCCCCCACAAUUUGUGCUGUAAUUCAUG